AUGGCCGCCGUCUGCGCCGCCGGCAGCCCCCGACGUGAGGAGGCCCGGGCAUUGGAUCGGGAUGAUCCACUCAACUUCACGCGUGCGGAAUUCGUAGUCCCGACGAAAGCCGAUCUGGCAAGUACACGACUGCAAGUCAAAGACCUUGGCGAGACAGCGGCUACCCCGGCCGGGCCGGAUGCUAGCACGGAUGCUAGCACCUACCUCUGUGGCAACUCGCUUGGCCUGCAGCCCCGAAGGACUGCUCUGCGGCUCCAGCAAUACCUCAGCACCUGGGCCACUCAGGGUGUACAGGGUCACUUCAAGCCUCUAGAUGGCUCUCCGCUGCCGACCUGGCUCGAUGCCGAUGCCAAGGCGGCGAAGAUGAUAGCGCCGGUGGUCGGCGCCGAAGUGUCGGAGGUUGCCGUCAUGGAGACACUGACAGCUAAUCUGCACUUCUUGAUGUCGGCCUUCUACCGGCCCGACAUCAAGGGAAGGCACAAGAUCAUCCUAGAGAGCAAGGCUUUCCCGAGUGACCAUUUUGCUGUGGAGACACAAAUCCGGCAUCAUGGCCUGUCUCCCGAGAGCUCCAUGGUGACGAUUGAGUCUCAGACCGCUGCCAAGACCGCCAUGUCCACAGAUGACAUCCUGGCCGUCAUCGCCGCCCAUGCCGACACCACCGCCGUCCUGCUGCUGCCCGGCAUCCAGUACUACACCGGCCAGCUCUUGGACAUACCCACCAUCACGACCUUCGCCCGCAAGCACGGCAUCUUCGUGAUCUGGGACCUCGCGCACGCGGUCGGCAACGUGCCCCUGCACCUGCACGACUGGGACGUCGACGCGGCCGCCUGGUGCACCUACAAGUACCUCAACGGCGGGCCCGGUUGCAUCGGCGGCCUGUUUGUCCACGCGCGCAACAGCCAGGUGACCAGCGCGGCCGCCGACAAGAGGCCCGAGGAGGGCUACCCCAACCGUUUCGCGGGCUGGUGGGGCAACGACAAGUCUACGCGCUUCGUCAUGGCCACCAAGUUCCACCCGGCGCCCGGUGCCGCCGGCUUCCAGCUGAGCAACCCGAGCAUCCUGGACAUCACGAGCCUGUGCGCUUCGCUCGAGGUGUUUGAGCUCGCCGGCGGCGUCGGCGAGCUGCGGAAGAAGUCCCUUAAGCUGACCGCCUACCUGGAGACUUUGCUAAAUGAGAUGGCAGAGAAGAAUUUGUUCAAAAUCAUCACGCCUUCUGAUCCUCAGCAGCGAGGCGCACAGCUCAGUCUGCUCCUCGCAGAGUCCCUGCUCGAGCCGGUCAUGGAGAGUCUACAAGCAGAUGGAGUAAUCGUCGAUGAGAGGAGGCCAGAUGUGAUCCGGGUCGCACCAGCACCGCUGUACAACACAUUUGAGGACUGCGUCACCUUUGUUGAGGUGUUCGCUCGGGCUUUGAGGAAGGCUAACUCGUCAGAGAGCGGGUGA